AAAUUCGAAUAAAGCCAUUCAAUUUUAAAGCGACGCCUCGCGCGCUCGCGAGACACCAACACUGCAUUCCGUGGACCGAUUCAUGACAUCGGGGUAUGCACGUUGCUACUUACGCUCGCUAACCCCGCAUACGCUAUACCCUGGAUAAUCCACAUUUUUCAAAUGGAGCUGACAGUGUGGGAGAAGUUCAACAAAUGAAAAAACAUCGAUAUUAUGAUGGCUUUACCGAAACUUCCACUCGAUAUUGUUGUUCCCCCGGCAGUUCUAUGUCGGCGUGGUGGUGUCAGCCUAACAGGAAUUAUUAUUCGAACGUUUCUUCAAGUGAGUUUAAGACGAAAUUCCGAAAUUAUGUUGGAUCAUAAUACUGAGCAAAAUGCACUCAUACAGCGAAUUACUGAGGAAGCGAACGCUCUGAUGGCGAAAGCGAGCGCCCGCGAGCCCGACGAGGUCGACGCGUGUCCCGGCCUGGACGAGCUCGAGCGGCUUCUUCUGGCGAAAUUCGAAGUCAGCCGGUACCGGCCCAAGCACACGGGUCGCUUCCUCACCAUGCACAAGCGUAGGCGCAAACGUCUGGUGACGCGCUCCCUUGACCAGGAGCCCGGACUCCUCGACGACGUCACCCAUGGACAAGUGCAGUGCGUACUGCAGAGGGUGGCCAAUUGGAAAUUCAACGCCUUCACUUUGGAAACUGCGACCGGAGGUCGUUCAUUAGCAGUUUUGUGCGUCCAUCUCUUUCAUUGGUACGGACUUCUCCAGCACUUCAACCUGGAUGUUGUAAGAGUCUGGAAGUUAUUCACUCUGAUCGAAGAAGGCUACCACAGUACAAAUCCUUACCACAACAGUAUACACGCCGCCGAUGUCACGCAAGCGAUGCAUUGCUUCCUGCAGGAACGACAGAUAAGAAGGCACCUCAGUUAUCUAGAAAUAAUGGCCUCGCUGAUCGCCGCCGUCACCCACGAUCUCGACCAUCCCGGCGUCAAUCAGCCCUUCCUCGUCGCAACCAGCAAUCAUCUCGCUGCUCUUUAUGAGAAUACAUCGGUUUUGGAGAACCAUCACUGGAGGUCGGCAGUCGGCUGUCUCUUGGAGAGCGGAGUCUCGGAGCAGCUCCCGGAUCGAGUGAAGCCCGAGCUUCAGCGACACAUCAGCUCUCUCAUUCUCGCCACUGACAUAACGCGGCAGCAAGAAUUUUUAAUGCGUUUCAAGAACUAUCUGGACAAUCGGGAGCUGGACAUGCAGUAUCCGGAGCAUCGGCACUUCAUCCUCCAGAUCGCGCUAAAGUGCGCUGACAUCUCGAAUCCCUGCCGACCUUGGGACAUAUCGCGCAAGUGGUCUUACAAGGUCUGCGAGGAGUUCUUCCGCCAGGGCGAUUACGAGCGCCAGUUGAAUCUUCCCGUGACCGCAUUGUGCGAUCGCCACACGACCAGCAUCCCCAAGAUCCAGGCGGGCUUCUUCAAAUUCGUGGUCCUACCGCUGUACGAGGAGUGGCAUCGCUUCCUCGACGACGGUUUCAGCCGCUCCCUCAUGCGUCACCUGCGGGCUAAUCAGCGCCAAUGGGAGGCCCUCAUACAGCAGGAGACCGCGGCCCAGGAGAUGCCCGAGCCCGCGAUCGAGACCAUCGAGGCAUCCGAGGGCACGGAAGAAGACUCGGGUAGCGUGGAGCUUCCGGUUCCCGUGCUCCCGGCUCCGAGUCACGAGGGUCGUCGACAUUCCGUACCCCUCGGGGUUACGAGGAGUCUUUCGUUGGCGCCCCGUUCGAUGACAGCCCGUCGCGAAAGUCUCCCGGGUGGCGUGGCUCUCGUGCCCUCGAGACUAUCGUCGCGCGGCAGCCUCUACCAUCGCUCGGAGCAAUCGCCGAGCACAACCUCGUGCUCGCCCGCGGCUCCCGAGAGGCCCGUCAGUGCGGAAAAUCUCCUUCCUGACACGAGCAUCGCCAGUAUCGCCAACAGUCUCGAGGCUUCGAGGCUCAGUAGCCUCGUGCAGCAGCAGCAGCAACCCUGGGACCAGCAGCUGGUGGAUCAGCAACAAUCGACGGCGCAGCGCCAGUCGACCCUUACGCGCCAGCAGACCUUCCCACCUGUCCAAAGUUACACCCGUACGCGCUACAUGUCGACGACGGUGGAGAUGUCACAGUGCUGUACGGAGGUACUCAUCGAGGCCGACAGCUCAUCAUCCCUCUCGGGCUCGCCUCAGCAGCUCGCUGGCGAGCAGCGACACCUGCGGCCCGUAGCCGAGCAACGCCGGCACUCGACCCCCGCGCAAUCCAAGGCCCGAGGCGGCUCAGGGCGCCGCUUCACCACGAUACCCCUCACCCAGGAGGAGGAGGACACGGGCUCGGAUCUCGGCCACAAGGUCUUCUUUAUCGGCAGUCCACCGGACUCGCCGCCGAGGCACGCGAGCACGACACCCUCGAGCGACAGCGGCGGCAGCGGCAGUGUCACCGGGGAGCCCCGCAGAAGCGUCGACAGCGUGAGUCUACCCGGUAACAAGAGGGACUACGGCGACUACGGACGCGAGAAGAGCUCCAAGAUGCUCAAGCUCAUGAAGGAGAACGUCGACCCGAGGCUCAUUGAUGAGAUCGCUAAGGGCUCGCACGCUAUUACCGCCCGACGCUCCAGCAAUCAGGGCUGGGCGAGAAGGAGAGGCUCGGCACCAGUGGGACUCCUGGCCAGAUUGGACGACGCCACGCUCUCGAUAAACCGUACGAUCGAGCCAUACUCGAGACGAGGAUCUGUACCCGCUGACAUCACCGGCCACCCAAAUGGAGGGGUCAACAGGAUCGGAUUGGGUAAGAUCACGAGCAGCAGGAGACGCUCGAGCCUACCUCACGAGACGGCCCUCGGCAAUCUCAUCGGCAACCUCGCGCAGGAUCCGGAUGACCGUGAGAAUCGGCCCCUAAACAACAACAACAACAACAAUAACAACAACAACAAUAACAACGGCAACAGCAACAGCGGCAACGCCAACAACAACAAUACUGGGAGCAAUAAUAUCGGACUCGUGCGACUCGGGCACCAGGAGGGUCUGAGCUCCCGACGGGGCUCGGUGCCGUGCGAUCUCCUCGGCCGUGGCCUCGUCGCCACGAAGACACGUCGCAGCAAGAAACUGCUGCGCAGGCGCAGCAGCGGCGGCCCCGAGAUGUUCGCCAGCGGUGCCGACGGCAACGAUAACGGUGCUUGGUCCACCAGGUCGAGGCGCGACCUCCCCAGCAAGCGGGAGGCCCUCCACGUCGCGGACCCGUCCCCUCUCCUAGCCAAGCGACGAGGAUCCUUGCCCAUUGACAUGCUCGCCCUCUCCCUCAGCGGCCGUUACAUACAUAGAUAGGGACGGCCCUCCUGCGCGAGACGCCUUCUUCGCCCUUGUGCGUCAACCUGCGGCGCGUGCGUCUGUACAUACACAUGAUAACGGGGUUCGAUUAUUCACCCACCCAGCGUCGUUUUACGCUUUUAUUACGUAUUUAAGUAUUUAAUUUAAUUUACUCUGUGUUUUAUUUUAUACACAAACAUGUAGAUUGUGUCU